AUGGUUACAUCUAGGAAAGUUCAGUCUUACUCCAGGGGUAACAAGAAGAAAAUCGCAAAUAGAUCGAAAAUAGUUGCGAAGUUGAAAGCAAGGAAAGCUCUUAAAAGACAUAAAAAACGUAAAGUUGGAGAGAAAGACAAACCUAAAGAAAAGGUUAAAAAUGAUCUAUUGGAGAAGUAUGGAGUAGAUUUGGGACCAAUAGGACAAACAAUCUACGAUUGGUUUUGGCCAUCUAAUCCAAACAUUCCGAAAAAGCGCAAGGAAUUCCUCAAGAAGUUACAGGAAGAAAGAGAAUUCGAAAAACAAAAAGGACCAAAGGUCAUAGAACAGACUCCUGAAGGUGUUUAUAAUCAGUUACUUCAUCGUUACGUAUUACACAACUACGCUCGUGAGCCAUUUGUUGAAAUUUACAAAAGGCUAGGAUUCUACAUGAAAAUCACUCCUCGUAUCCUAGUUAGAGAAGUUGGAGCGAUCACUGGACUUUUUGGUAUUAAUAUACUGAAGCCAAAUGAAUUUGAGACCGGAAAGUCAAUUAGGGCUGAUGUGUUAUGUUUGAGGAGAAUUAAAUUCCAAGUUUAUUCACUGCUUGGACAUAAAUUAUUGCGUUACACACUAAUGUUUCUGUUGAGGUAUAUAAGGUUGGGUAUACCUACGGAAAUCCGCAAUAAAUUCGUAUCAAAGUUGCUGAGAGAUAAAGCUAUAGCCGCUGCUGCCACUAUGACCUGCAACCAAAUAGACUUUUGCGGGUCAGAUGAUCCGUUAAAACAAACCUACCCAGAGAGAAUAUCAUUUGAUAGCCAAGGUUAUCCUUAUUCUGAUGAACCAUUUCUUUAUUCAUCGAAAAAAAUUUCUACACCAUGGUCACCAUCAAAAUUGGUUCAUAAAGAAGUAUUUCGUUAUUUGAAUAAAGAGUCAAAGUCAAAAUUGGUACUAAUGGCAGCUGCACUCUAUCCGAAGUUUGCGCUACAAAUUGUUAAGAAUAUAGCAGUUAUGGCAGGCUAUCCAAGUGAACGUCAGCUAAUAACUUCAUUCUGUUUGAAGAAUCAAUUUUUCUCUAAGGCUGCGCACUCAUUCGUAUCUAAAUUGGAGGAAGAGAUCGAAUCAGAUAAAUUACUGAGGGAUGCAGCGAGUUUGUACACUAAAUCAACACAUGAAUCACAAGCUUCUGCAUUGAAAAUAUUAGCUACCGUCCCAUACGUGUCCGGGUUGAUUAAAAGGCACCUUGAAUCUGGGCACAAGACUAUGCCGGUAAAGUCUGCAAGGAAUGUUUUCAUGAGGGUAAGGGAAGAAGUGGAGCUAUUACCGGAGGAGAUGAUUCUUUGGGAUGUUUUGAGAGACUUGAUUUCAAGGAGAGUUCUAAAUGUUCCAGCGCGCAUAUAUAGACAAGUUAGAACGGAAUUCUUUUCUGUAGCAAAUUAUCUAAGCCAUUCCCUAAAACGUGAGCUUGAAAAACGUUCGGUUGAUACAUCUAUCUUGUAUUACGGCAUAGACAAAAUACCUGAGGAUAUAAAAUCCAUUAGUAGAGAAGAAAGAAUGGAUUUAGCGCAAAAAGUUGGGAGGAAUUUGAAACAAAUUUGGCUAAACUCUGCAAAUAAAAAUAAUCGUACUUUUGAGGAUGUAGGUCUAUAUAUUUUGGAUGCAAUGGCCGCCACAGCCGGUUACAAGGAUUUGAAAAACGUUAUAACUUUGGUGACAAUGCUAUCAAAGCCUAUUGUUGGAAAGAUUGAAAAGAAAACUAGACAACCAGGACCAGAUUUUGAGCAUUCUCCACAUCUGGAAUUUAAAGAUUUUAAAAAGUAG